CACAGUGAUCGUUCGUGCUGAAUCGAUUGAAGAAAAAAUUAAAAAAUCAUGUAUUUUCUGCUGAUACUUGUGUGUAUCCAAAUGUUGUCGUCAAUUUCCGGCACCACUGCGAAAAUGUGUGACGAAUUUCAACCCGAUCCGCCGAUGGAACUUUCUGCUAUAGUAGAAAAUUUUUAUCAAAUGAGAAAUAAAAUGGGUGAGAAAAAAUUUUACGAGCGCGAAUCAAAGUGUAUGCGUGACGAAGAUAUGAUUGAUGCUGAGAAUACAUUUCAUUUGGAUAAAUUACUAAAAAUAUUAUCUCCUGAAACGUUGAACUCACCAGAUCUUACGCCAGAGUUUUGGCAAAUAGUUAGAAACUGUUCAAGCCUCAAGGGCGAUUCUCCAGUUGAAACAGCCACACUGAUUCACAAGUGUAUCGAUGCUCCAUUCAAGAAUGCAAAUUAAGAAAAUAAAAGGCAGUUUUGACAAAAUUACAUAGACGAAAAAAUAUUAAAAUACCAUCCAUGUAAUAUUGAGUCUGUAAUGAAAAUAAUAA